GUGUCCGGCCAACAGAGGUGCCAACUGGUUGUGUGCAUGUGGGAUUGUAUGUGAUCGUGUAAUGUACUGUGAAGUGGUAGUGAUUGAUGGUUUGUGAGGACGAUUAACUGCAUUCAUGAUUCAGGAAUCGCAAACGAGUAGCGCCGAGAGAUGGGGGGGGCGAGGGGCAGAGCACAAUAUGGCUCUGCAACAAAUCCUGAAGCUACAAGAAGCGAGAGCAUUACACAAAACCUCUCUUCUGCCCAUCUACAAGAAGAAUGGUCUACCUUCACCGACGGAAGCUAGCCAAGACUACGAGCAAAUGAGAUCAGACAAACGAUCCGAUUCUUACCCAGAUCCUAGAUUAGAUCAGCUAAAAUUAGAAGCAGAGUUCAGAAAGCUGAUGGAACAUUCUGGUCGGGACAUAAGAAAUGAAGAAUCGCUGAAGUAUCUACAACAUAUGAUGGAAGCCAAGCAACAUUUUGAAUAUCUAAAAUCAAUUCAAGAUAAAGAAAGGAAAAGCCCUGUAGAAGAUAACAGAAUUGUAAAGAAAGAAGCAAUGUCUCCGAAUAGAAUUUCACCAGCCAAUGGUCCCUCACCAAUUCAAAGAGUAUCUUCAGCCGAUGCUUCUCCUACCAAUAGUGUGCGUCUCUCUACCUCAUCAAGCCCCCUUUCAACAACUAGUCCAGUAAACUCAUCUCCUUUAAAUCACUUACAAAACAUGCAACCCUUUGAUUUUCGUAAACACAAAAUCGUUGACGAAAAAAACGAGCCUAGAAGAUCUAAUUACGAUAUGAGCACCGCAGAGAAGGCGACUAUGGAUUUAAUGAGAAAUCCCUUUUUUAAUUUUCCGCUAUCAGGCAAUCUCCCCAUCCCGCCUAUUUCCAUGCCCUCGACUUUCAACCAUCCAGCGGCUAUGGUCGCUGCUCUUAGUCAGAACCCCAUGGGACUGGCCUCCCUUCAAGCGCUAUUACCUCAAAUGUCUGCAAAACCAGUGGACACGGAGAAAACUCCUAAUAACUCAAAUAAAUGCCGAAGUGACGAGUUAAGACCAGAAGAUGAAAAUGUUCUCAAUUUGAGUAAAGAUUCGUAUCCGGAUGUGGCUCAAAAUUCAAGAAACAUGCUUUUAGGGAAAAGCAUAAGCCCGCCAAAAAGACAAUGGGGCGCUUCGCAGAUACCAUUAAAUUUGGGGACACAUUUCAUAAAUCCAGCAACGGGUAAAAAAAGAGUCCAAUGCAAUGUAUGCUUGAAAACAUUCUGUGACAAGGGCGCGCUGAAAAUUCACUUUUCAGCGGUACACCUUCGGGAAAUGCACAAAUGUACAGUUGAAGGUUGCAGUAUGAUGUUCAGUUCGAGAAGGUCAAGAAACCGUCAUAGCGCAAAUCCUAAUCCUAAACUGCACUCACCACACUUAAGACGAAAGAUUUCUCCGCAUGAUGGGAGAAGCGCACAGGUUCAUUCAGUUCUUAUUACGCCACAUGCUGCGGGUUUGGGUAUUCCUCCUGUCAUGAACCCUAUGCAUCCGUUUGGUUCAUAUCCUUUGUUAAACGCAUCACAUAAUAUGAGACAAUUUUCUUCCAAUAUGCCUUUGGAAUACAAGAACAAUAUGAGAACGAAUACCUCUCCCAUAAACGAACAGGCACAAAUGAUGCGCCGUGAAUCAGAAUCUGGAGAAAAUAAAGACCAGGAUGGUCAUGGAGAAUCAGAUGAUGACGAUGGCAUUGUCGUAGUAGCUGGUGACGAUGAUGAUGACGAUAAUGAUCACAUUGACACCAGUGAUUAUUACUCAAACCUAAAUAAAUCGAAUGGUUCGAUUGAAGACUCAGAAACGGAUUACGAUCAAAGAAGUGUAAGUGACAAUAAUGAAAGUACAGAUAACAGAAAGGACGAUACAGCAAGCCCCGAAAUAAUGAAAAGAAAACGAAAGAAUUUAAACCCUACACGUUUACAGAACAACUACGUAUCUGAUAAGAACGAACACGAUGCACAACGUGGAGAAACAAAUCAUGGAACUGACGAUAAUUCCGACGCAAAGCGUCCUAAGACUGACAAUCAAGAAAGCAGUGAUACUCAUCGUGAUGAAAAAAUUGAAUCAAUAAAAGUCAAACAAGAGUUUACUCAAGUCAAAGAAGAACCUGUAGAACCUGCUUAUGAUGCUCAGGAUCUUAGAGUAAAACAAGAGCCAAUAGACAAACCUGAACCAUACAAGAUUAAUGAAACUAUCCAGUCUGAUAGCGACUUUUCAUCUGAAAACGCAUUAAAACGCUUAGAAAGUCUCUCAAGGGGUGAUUUUCCUAAUAUGUCAAGAAAAAAUGACUCUCACAAUGCAAUGGGGCCUUACAAUCUGUCUAUGAACGAUGCUGUAGACUAUUCUGAUAGAUCACCAUCGUCAUCCGUGUCGAGUUUUGAUUACAAUUCAGAAGAUGCACAAGGCCAAAUUUUCGGACAUUUUGACAAUGGUUUCUUCAUUAGUACGACCGACGUUCCAAUGGAUCACGAAAACCUUAGAAAGUGUACAGUCUGUGGGAAAAUGUUCCAGAAUCUGUACGUUCUAAAAACUCAUUAUCAAAACGCACAUUUGAAACUUAUGUACAAAUGUAGCAUUGAGGGUUGUAGAGCAUCUUUCCCCUCAAAGAGAGGAAGAGAUCGACACAGCGCGAACGACAGUCUCCACAGGAAGAUGUUGUCAACAGAAGACGCGAGGAUCUCAGAUGAUUCUGCUUUUAGAUUAAUGGAAAAAGCUCGAGAACAGAUGGAACUAAUAGCGAGAUAUAACGAAGAAGAGCGAGCAGUACCAUACAUAGAAUCUCACAAAUAUUACCGAGCGAAAGAAUCAGAUAAAGUGAAGACUCUAAAUCAUCAUAUUCCCUUCAGUCCUCCGUACCCAUUACAACUUCCGGAAUCGUAUUUGAGCAAUCGUGACAUGUUCGCUCAACACCCGUUCCUUUUCGCGCCUUUUGGCAUGCUACCAAACUUUCCGCCUUUACCCCUUGGAUUCUUACCACCAAGCUUGAACGCUUUCGGCUGUCAAAAUCAGAAUUAUUCUCCACCUUUAUCCCGCAAGCUGAACUAUUGUGUAGAAGAUGAGGCGCCGAGACCAAACAAAGAUGGAAGCUAUCCAUGUCGCGGUUGCAGAGAGAGUUUCAAGGAUUUGUACAGCUUGAAGCAACAUUGUGAAUCGUACCACGCGCAGUCUUUGCAUCGGUGUACAGUGAGCGGAUGCAACGCCGCGUUCUUUUCACGGACUAAAAGAAAUAUUCAUUACGAAUCACACAUGAGUAGGAGACAGAAUGGUAGAUGAACCAAUGCGAAUGAUAAUCCCAGUGACUGACUCUUUCCAUUGCAUUUGUGAUGUUAAUUAGUAUUACCAAAUAGUAAUUAAUUUAUAUGACAUCCCAGUACCUUUAAUUCUCAACUUUAAAACAAAGGCAUAUGCAUUUUGUCUGUUUCAUCUGUACAUUAUAUAAGCAUUGUAUUGUGAUUUCCUAAAUCGUAAUAGCUAUAUUAUGUAAAUAUUUGCAUUCUUUGUAAAACGAUUCGCUAAUAAUUGUAUAUAGUUUCAAAUAUUUCGAUUGUAAACUAGUGUUAUGUAAAAAUCAACAUUCCAUAGUAAUAACUGUGCAAUAAAGGUGUAAAUAUAAAUAUCAAAAGAGUGUACAAAAUUGAGUUCUAAAUUAAUUAUCGAAAUUGUCAUCAAAAAUUGUGGCAUAUGAUUUUAUUGAGACAAGCAUUUUAGACAAAAACUUACGUUUCAGAAAUAGCAAAAGAGUUUCUUUAUUCAAAUUACUAUUGAACAUUACGUUAAAUAAUUAUUAUGUUUGAAUUUCAAAAAUGUUUCUGGUCAGGUUGUCGUAUUUGUCGCUUUUUCACAUUUUCUUUUCUUGAAUAUACAUUAAAAUUAAAUUCCAAAUUCAAAUCAUUGUACAAAUUUUAAAAAGAAGAAUUAGAGUGAGUUGCACCGUCAAAUUUGACGUUGAUUUCAACCUGCGCGCCGCUGACGUUUAGACAAAAUGGCGUACCUAUUCUGCGCACGUUUAAGUUAACGUCAAAGUUGACGGUGCACGAACAAACUGAUUAUUCAAUAAAUAAUUUUAUUAUCAUAAUUCAUAUUUUGGUGCUAUAAAUAAAAUUGUACAUUUUGCCACGGUUUUUCAAUAUAAUAUUACUAUAUCUGAGCUCUGUAAUUUUUAAAAUAAGAACCAAAAAGUAUUAAUUGUUAGGAUGUAUUUUAAAGAACAUGUUAAUAUUCAUUUUGCCAAACAACAUUGUGUAAUAAAAUGUUUUGAAAA